GACCUUAGGCUACUAGCGACUCCAGACCUCCAGAGGAAAGCAAGUGAUUUCUAGAUUAGAUAUAUUAUACUGUCUGUCAUUCCUAUGCAUGCUGCUCAGUCAGCGCUGUUGAAGAGGCAGACUCAGGUCACUGAUAAAGAAGACAGCAGCAGAUCCACACCUUAUUACAUCAAUGACAGACACUCUCUCCACUCUCAUGGCUUCAUUAAUGCUCCUGUUAUUUCUUCAGUCUGUAGCAGCUUCAGACAAACUUGUUGUGCACCCUGGAGAUAAUGCCACUCUUCCAUGUCAGGCUGCUGAUUCCUCCAUCAGAGCUGUAGAGUGGAGCAGACCUGACCUGGAGCCAGAGUACGUCCUCUUUUACAGAGAUGGACACCUGGAUCCAACCUACCAGAAUCCAUCCUUUAAGGACAGGGUGGAGCUGGUGGACAGAGAUCUGAAAGCCGGAGACGUGUCUUUAAUUCUGAAGAAUGUGAACAUUAACGACGCUGGAACAUACGAGUGUCGCGUUGCACCAGAUGAUUUCAGACGUAAAAAGAGAGCCAUUAUUGACUCUGAGCCAAUCAGAACCAUCCGUCUGCAGGUUACAGAGCCAGCAGGUUCAAACGGUGGACACCCCAAGGAUGAAAACUCCAUCAAUGAUGUCCCUGAGGAUGGAAACUCCUCUCCUGUAGGCCUAUACCUUGGACUGGCAGCAGGUGUUCCAGUUGGACUGAUUCUUGUAGCUGUUGCUGUCCUGACAUGUAGAAGACGUAACACCCCAUCAGUCCCUCCUGCUGCUACUGAUGAAGCGCCCGCCGCUACACUUGUUUAACAACUUACAGGGACUAGAAAUAGUCUCUGUUGCUUUU